AAACAAUAGAAGCCCUACAUACUUUUUUUCACAUUGAGCAAGUAUAAAAGUAACGGUUACCACCGACAGGAAUACACAGCAGCCACAACUCAGUCCUGAGGACCAACCAAAAUAAAAUCAUGACCAUGGGCAAGAUCAUCUUCUACGAGGACAAGAACUUCCAGGGUCGUCACUAUGAGACCAGCAGCGACUGCCCUGAGCUGACCUCUUUCCUGAGCAGGUGCCACUCCUGCAGGGUGGAGAGCGGCUGCUUCAUGGUCCACGACCGUCCCAACUACAUGGGAAACCAGUACUUCAUGAGGAGGGGAGAGUACGCCGACUACAUGAGCAUGAUGGGAAUGUCAGACUGCAUCAGGUCUUGCCGUAACAUCCCCAUGGUACAGCAGCAGCACAGAGGAUCCUACAAGAUGAGGAUCUACGAGAGGGAGAACUUCGGUGGUCAGAUGCAUGAGCUGAGCGAGGACUGCGACAACAUCCAGGACCGUUACCGCAUGAACGACUGCAUGUCCUGCAACGUGAUGGACGGCCACUGGCUGAUGUACGAGCAGCCCCACUACAGAGGCAAGAUGAUGUACAUGAGGCCCGGAGAGUACAAGAGCUUCAGGGACAUGGGAUUCAGCGGCACCAGGUUCAUGAGCAUGAGGCGCAUCAUGGACUCCUGCCAGUAAAUGUUCACUAAAUAAAAUCUUUUCCACUCUACUA